AUGGAUCCCGACGAAAUCCGGACCUUGGUGGCCUCUUGGUGGCGACACGCCGCUACGAGCUUUCAGAAAGUCCCUGGCUCAGCGGUCCUGGUGCGCUACGUGCAGUCUAGCUAUCAAAAUGAUCCCAUUCGAUCCGCUCUGGAAUUGGUCCUCGUCAUCUUCUUCAUCCGCUAUCUUCUGUCGCCUUCCUACUCGACCCAGAAACAGAAUUAUGUCAAGCUUCGCGACGACGAAAUCGACGAGUUGGUGGAAGAUUGGACACCUGAGCCUCUUGUGGGUGCUCAGACUGCCUUUGAAGAAAUGGAGGCUGAGAAGCUUCCCAUCAUCGUCGGCCCGACUGGACCUAAAUCGAAGCUCGGGAAUGGACGGACCGUGACAAAUCUUGCGACGUACAAUUUCUACAACUUCAAUGCCAACGAACAGAUCAAAGAGAAAGCAAUUCAAACACUGCGAACAUAUGGGGUAGGACCUUGCGGUCCCCCCCAAUUCUACGGAACACAGGAUGUGCACAUGAAGACAGAGGCAGACAUUGCAGCGUACCUUGGUACAGAGAGUUGUAUCGUGUACGCGCAGGCUUUCUCUACAAUCUCCAGCGUUAUCCCAGCUUUUUGUAAGCGCGGCGACAUUAUCGUCGCUGAUCGGGCCGUAAAUUACUCUAUCCGGAAAGGUCUGGAGAUUUCCAGGAGCAGCAUCAAGUGGUACCAGCAUGGCGACAUGGACGACCUUGAGCGCGUGAUGCAAAAGGUUGUCAAAGAACAGGCCGGCAAGAGACUUACAAGGCGAUUCAUUGUCGCCGAGGGCCUCUUCGAGACCACAGGUGACAGCAUUGACCUGCCGAAGCUCGUCGAACUCAAAGAAAAGUACAAGUUCCGCAUCAUCCUCGACGAAACAUGGUCCUUUGGCACAUUGGGUCGAACUGGACGAGGCUUGACGGAGGCGCAGAACGUUGAUCCUACGCAGGUAGACAUGAUUAUUGGGUCUCUGGCUGGACCUCUCUGCGCUGGCGGCGGCUUUUGCGCCGGGGCUAAAGAUGUGGUUGAGCAUCAGCGCAUAUCCGCAGCAUCCUACACAUUCUCGGCAGCUCUUCCCGCGAUGCUGGCUGUUACAGCUAGCGAGACGGUUAGCGUGCUCCAAUCUAACCCCGACAUCCUGACGCAGUGUCGCGAUAACAUUCGGGCGAUGCGGGCGCAACUCGACCCCCGCAGCGACUGGGUGACGUGCACCAGCGUUCCCGAGAAUCCCAUCAUGCUACUGGUGCUGAAGGGUGAUGUAGUUGAAGCCCGCAAUCUUUCCAUGGUGGAGCAAGAGCGUCUCUUGCAGGAUUGUGUUGAUGAGGCUCUAGCCAACGGGGUUCUUAUCACUAGACUCAAGACGACGCCACUGCUAAACAGCAUUGGACCCCGUGACGACGGGUGGCAGGUUCAGCCGGCCCUCAAGAUUUGCGUGACGUCGGGCCUGUCGAAGAAGGAUAUCGAGAAGGCGGGGGUAACGAUCCGACAUGCCAUUACAAAGCUGGCUUUGGAGGCACAGUCUUCUCUCAUUACUCUAUGCUUGUUCAGCCGUCGCGGUACGGCCAAGCACCCUCACUCCUUAAUCAAGCUAGAGCCUUUUGCGCUCAUUUUCCACUUCAUCAUGAGAGCUGGCAUGUUUUCUCUUCCUGCCGCUGUGACACUUGGCCUGCUGGCUGUUUGUCAAGCGAAGCCGACUGGCAACUACCGGCAUCGGUUGCUUCAUGCUGAGCGCCGUGCGGAACAAUUGUUGACAGUCGUGGACACUUCUGUUUCAUCUCCGACCGUAGUCCCCAAGGUUGUGGUCUACAAAGGCAAGGACGGCUCUGGUCAGCACACCGCCACGAGAGACGUCCUGUUUGUGCCUGCCGAGACUCAAGUCAUCACUCUUGAAUCUGCGGACUCGACACCCAACGCCAGCUCGACUCUCAAAACGGACGCUCCUGCUGCCACAGGCAGUUCCAAAACCGGGUCCGGCUCGGCUGCGAGCAGUCUCCCGGGCAUUGCCUACGCACCGUACACUGCAUCGGGUGACUGCAAGUCAGCCGACCAGGUCCAUGAUGACUUUGUUACGUUCACAGGAAAGUACUCGAUGGUCCGCAUUUACGGAAUCGACUGUGAGCAGGUGGCCAAGGUUGUCCCGGCUGCUAAAAAAGCUGGUCUCAAGCUCUUCCUUGGCAUUUUUGAGCUUGCAGGCAUCGAUCAGCAAGUCGCGUCCAUUGUUGAAGCCGUCGGUAAAGAAUGGUCGAUCGUCGAUACUGUCAGCGUUGGCAACGAGCUUGUGAACAAAAAGGCUGCCACUCCCUCCCAGGUGGUCUCGGCUAUGAGUCAAACUCGCUCGCUUCUCAGGGAUGCCGGUUAUGAAGGCCCUGUCGUCACUGUGGACACCUUCAUUGCUGUCCGGGACAAUCCUGAGUUGUGUGACGAGUCUGAUUACUGCGCAAUGAAUGUCCAUCCGUUCUUCGACGGAAACACUCCGGCCGAUGAAGCAGGCUCCUUCAUUACCCGCAUGGUCUCUGAGGUGCAGUCGAAGCUGGCCGAUCCAUCCACGCGCAUGGUUGUCAGUGAGACUGGAUGGCCGUGGCAGGGAACUAUUAACCGCGUUGCGGUUCCUGGCCGCAGCCAGCAGAGCAUCGCCAUCGAGUCAAUCAGGGCCGCCUUUUCAGACCAUCCUGGCGACCUUUUCCUCUUCUCUGCUUUCAACGAUCCCUGGAAGCCUGUUUCCGCCGAUACUUUCAAUGCUGAGCAAUUCUGGGGCAUUGACGGCCUUGACUCGUCGUCCUAA